AUUUCUCAACCACAAAUAAACCCAAUCUGGUGGCAGGAGACAAAUCUCAGCUGAAAAACAGGGAAAGGGACCUCUUUCUGGAGUCUAGUGGGAAUAUUGAAUACAACUUGGCAAUGGAGGACGAAGUCAAAUGGGCGACCGAUAUUAUUGAUCAGAAGCUGGAGCUGGAGGAACAUGAGAAGGUAAAGCCUCGUUUUAGGAAGAUAGGUGUUGUUGACAUUGAUUCCAGUGAUUUAAAUGAUGAGAAAUACCAGCCACCGGUGAAUCGAAAUCUCGCUAAUUUAAAGGGUGAUGACCGUGUGAGGAAGACUUCUGUUGACCUAAGAAAAGAAAUUAUCGAUGUCGGUAGCAUCCAAAAUCUAAUUGAAAUACGAAAAAAGAGACAGGAGAGAAAAAAGAAGAAGUCAUUGAUAGUUGCUCCUGAACCACCUCCGGAGCCAGAGCUUACAGGACCUGUCACUGCCGAGGCAUUCCUCAAGGCUGCUGUUGACGGCAAGAUGAACAUCAUUGAGAAGUUCUUGGAGGAUGGUGGCUCUCCAGACACUUGUGAUGAGUUCAAGAGAACAGCACUUCACAGAGCAUCAUUGGAGGGUCACAUAGAAAUCAUCAAGAAACUUUUAGACAGUGGAUCAUCGGUCAACUUCAGGGAUAGGCUGGAUAGCACUGCUAUUCACUGGGCCUGCCGUGGAGGGAAGCUGGAUGUAGUAAAGCUUCUUCAGGAUAGUGGAGCAGAAAUAAAUGUCAAAGACAAGCUACUAAGUACACCUCUCCAUGUGGCCACACGCACUGGUCAUGCUCAUAUUGUGGAGCACCUGAUUGCUACUGGUGUAGAAAUCAAUGGCAGGGAUAGGGAAGGUGACACUGCUCUUCAUGAUUCUGUCAGACUUAAUCGCUACAAGAUCAUCAAAAUGCUUAUUUUAUACGGAGCCAAUAUGAUGGCAAAGAAUGCAGACGGCAAAACUCCCACAGACCUUGUGCAGCAAUGGCAGGCAGACACCAAAGAGAUGUUGGUGAAAAAGUCAAACACCGUUUCAGAGAAGCAAGUGUGAUGCAGAGAGAGGCGACACUUCGCCAUUCGACUAGAUACCUGCAUAUCAUUUUGAGGGUGUGUUUGGCCAAUGCUGCCAAAAAGGAGAUCUAUUUUUAAUGCAUUUUGAUUUAAUUUAAGACAUUUCUGUACAGCAAGCCCUUUCCUUGUGUAAUAUAUUGUAAAAUGUGCUUUAUUGUUCUUUUACCUGUAUAUAAUAACCAGGAAUGUGCCAGCUAUGCCUAAAGCUGUUGCUGAACCACUUCCAUCAACAUACAUGCCAGCAAAUCCCUUUCAAUGACCAGCAACUUAGCAUGGAUUGGUUUAACAAUUUGGAUUUCUGACUUUGCUUAUCUGAACUGAAUCAUGCUACCGGUGAUUUAUAAAAAAGGAGUUUCUUUAAAAGGCACUAGACAGAGCUUUGCUAUCUAUGGACACAGGCAUUUGGUUGUAUUUAAUUAAUAACUUAAUUACCUUCCAUUUGUAAAAGAUAUUUUGGUGUGUAUGCAUACAGUCAGUGAUAGGAUGUACUGGAGGGGUAUGGCCUGAUAUAGACUCUUUUAUGUUGACAUUAAUGCAACAAUCUUCAAAUGCAUGAAGAUUUUAUAAAUAUUGUUUUUUAUUCUUCCUUCCAAAAAGUAAAAUAAAAAGAUGUAAAUAACAAAUAUAUAUAUAUGCAAAUGCCUUAUUAAACUUAAAUGUUCAAAA